AUGGAGCUUAAACUCACGCAGCUCAAGUUGCAGAACCCGUCACUGGGCGCCGUUGCCGUGAGCUUAAUCCACAGCAGCAUUGGUCAAAAAUUGGUCGGACCAAAAGUCGGUCUGGAACGGUGGCAGCUGAAGAAGCAAAUACGCAUGGAACAGCAGCAAAAGUUGCUGAAAAAGUGGGAUGAUCACCAGACGGCUACCAUAGUGCGUCUGCUUAAGAUUCGGACAACGUCGAGGCUACACUCGAAGGUGGACGGCAAGCACACCGCUCGCAGAUACUCAGAAGAGUAUACACCAUUGUCUACUAGACUGGCAAUGGAGACGUCGAGCCUCGACUCGAGGAGGUUGGUGGUGAACUACUCGACGACCUCAAUCGAAAUGCUGAGCUCCAAGAUCCUCGCUGUCUUCGCUGUGGCGACCCUUGCGACUGCCGACGACUACACUACCGAUGACUACAUCACCGACGGCGACGAAGGUUCCAGCUACAUUGACGAUGGCAGCUUCGACUACAGCGCGUUGCCGGCCUACACGUACACGUUCGACCCGGAGUAUUCGGCGGGCGUAAGCGGUACCAUCAACGUACAAUACGGCGGUCCGUUCUCCACCUUCGCCGUGAUCACGACCGAUCUCGACUUCAGCGACGUGGAUCAGAGCGAGAUCAUGGCGUUCGACGGUAACUGCACCGAGGAAGUGACCGAGUACAAGUGGCACAUCCACGUCAAGUGGCCCCACGACUACGACUCCGAGUCUUUCGAGCAGUGCGGACUGGCUAUCACGGGAAACCACUACGACCCGCUCAAGGCAUGCGGUCCCAACUCCGAGUUCGUCGGUACUGAAGAAUGUCUGCUCAAGACACCGGAGUACAGCUGCAAUCCGGAGGAAUACGCCCAAGACCCUCCUGUCUGCGAGAAGGGCGAUCUGUCUGGCAAGUUUGGAUACUUCAAGCUGGACGACAGCAAGAAAGAGAGCGGCGAGUACUUCGACCUCAACUACCCGCUGCCGGAGGAGAAUACGCCCGAGUGGAACAUUAUUCUCCACGCUGUGUGCAGCAAGGUCACGCCUCGUAUCGCCUGCGCUGUCGGCAAACAGACGUCGGGCUGGAGCUCACUCUCGGGUUCGUACUACAAGUAGGCUGCAGUCCGACGACCAGCACGUGAGCUUGUCCAUGCAUAUUAACCAGCGAAGGUGCGAUGUAGUAUUAGCGCACCGUGUUUCGAUGUGCUCAGGGUCUUUAUGACCUCGAGUCAGUCUCCAUUCAACUCGUUUUACCACAUUA